AUGUUUCGGCAUUUGGGGUGGCUUGUGGGUCUGAACAAUAAAUCACCAUCGUCAUCAGCAAAGAGGUUGCCAGAUGCCAAGCCUCCCCCGGCUGAGAUUAAGCCGGUGGCUAUGUUGGACGCCGUUCAAGAGAUUGCUGUUUACAUUCACAGAUUUCACAAUCUCGACCUUUUCCAGCAAGGAUGGUACCAAAUUAAGAUUACAAUGAGAUGGGAGGACAGUGAAUAUACUUCUGUGGGGACUCCAGCAAGAGUUGUGCAAUAUGAAGCUCCUGAUCUGGGUUCUGAUGAUGUAUAUGGAGUAUGGAGGAUUGAUGAUACAGACAACAGCUUCUCAACUCAGCCGUUUCGUAUCAAAUAUGCCAGGCAGGACGUUUUUUUAUCAAUCAUGAUAUCGUUCAAUCUAUCUCUUGCCGGACAUGAGGGUAUAUCAUCAUCUCCUAUUAUUUUGAAGUUUGAGCUUCUGCAUGCCCCCAUAUUGGGAAAUAGGUCUGACUUGCAGGCUUCUCUAGAUGCUAGCCCUGCCGCUGUCCAUGAAUUUCGAAUUCCUUCUAAAGCUCUUCUGGGUUUGCAUUCAUAUUGUCCUGUUCAUUUUGAUGCAUUCCAUGCGGUGCUUGUUGAUGUUAGUGUACACAUCAGUCUACUGAAAGCUGUCUCUUAUACACACCCAUCGAAGGUACCCAGUUAUUCUUCCACUACUGAAGAUGUUGGUGGAGAAGGUCUUUCUGGGUUAAAUCAAGCAUCAACACAGGCGGCUGCUGCAGUUGUGAACGACAUUAUUCGUGCUAAAUCAUUGUUAAAUGCUCGUGACAUACUGCUUGAAGAGCUCCAGAAACUUAGCAAGGCUAUUGACCAAGCAAUUGAUUUGACUGAUUUUAUAUCUAAAAUUGAUGACACAAAGUUUGAUUUCCUGCAAGAAAAUUUGGUUGCAGCAGAUGACAAAGUUUCAGGACAAGGCAAGCCACAAAAUGGUCUUCAGAAAGUAAAUGGCACAUCAAAGUUUGGAAGUGGUGAAUUGGUACGCCCCUUAUCGAGGGAUGCCCUUCAGAAUUCUUUUCAUUCGUUGGGUGAUCAAGUUUUAUAUUUAUGGAACACUUUUUUGAAGUUCCACAGGUUUAACACAACAAAGAUACUGGAAUACUUGCGUGACACAUGGGCUAAGGAUAGAAAAGCUGAAUGGUCAAUAUGGAUGGUUUACUCUAAGGUUGAGAUGCCUCAUCAUUUUCUAAAUAGUAGUCGGGGUGAAGAGUCUUCCCACAAUGGUGGCCAUAAAAGGGUUUUAACCACGUGGAAAUUAACUGAUGAUCCUGCACAGACUGCUGCUACCCGUGCUGAGCUUCAUCGGCGAAGUAUUGCGCAAAUGAAGAUUAACAAUCGGUCAAUUCAAGACAUGCAUAUAUUUGGAGAUACAUCACGCAUUCCUAUUGUUAUUGUGGAGCGUGUGUUGAAUGCGCCUUGGCGUACAACUAGUGAUAAUUCGUACUUGAGAAACUUGGACGUGGUUAACUCUGCUGGCUUACUCAGUGGAUCUGGGUCUGACUCCAUAAACAAGAAAUCUGACUAUAUCUCACCAAAGAAAGGCCGUGUUUUAAAACUUGUUGUCUUUGUGCAUGGGUUUCAGGGUCAUCACCUGGAUUUACGGCUUAUUCGAAAUCAAUGGCUAUUGAUAGAUCCCAAGGUAGAGUUUCUAAUGUCACAGGCAAAUGAAGACAAAACAUCUGGUGACUUCAGAGAAAUGGGACAAAGGUUGGCUCAGGAAGUAGUUUCUUUCCUCAAGAAGAAAAUGGAUAAAGUUUCGAGAUCCGGAAACAUAGCUGAUAUUAAGCUUAGCUUUGUGGGACAUUCUAUUGGGAAUGUUAUCAUAAGAACGGCACUAACAGAUAGCAUUAUGGAGCCAUUCCUAAGAUACCUGUACAUAUAUCUUUCCAUAUCGGGCCCACACUUGGGGUAUCUUUACAGUUCAAACUCUUUAUUCAACUCCGGGCUGUGGCUCUUGAAGAAGCUCAAGAACACACAGUGCAUUCAUCAGCUUACCUUCACGGAUGAUCCAGAUCUUCAAAAUACGUUCUUUUACAAGCUGUGUAAGAAGAAGACACUUGAGAAUUUCAAGCACAUAGUCCUGUUAUCUUCACCACAGGAUGGUUAUGUUCCCUACCAUUCCGCUAGAAUAGAUACGUGCCAGGCUGCUUCAUUGGAUUUCUCAAGGAAGGGAAAAGUGUUUCAGGAAAUGCUGAGUGAUUGCUUGGAACAGAUACGGGCCCCUCAGUCUGAGAAUCGAGUGUUCAUGCGCUGUGACAUCAACUUUGAUACCUCUUCUUAUGGAAAGAACUUGAACACCUUCAUAGGAAGGGCUGCUCAUAUUGAGUUUUUGGAGUCCGACAUUUUUGCAAGAUUCAUCAUGUGGUCUUUUCCAGACAUAUUUCGGUAAUGGCUGUUGCUAGCAAAUGCAGCUUCUCCUCUAGCCCAUCUCUAUCUGGUAAUCCCUCCCUUCAAUCAAAAGACCAAGUGAGGAAGUUUUCUUUUGGAGGUGGGGUGUUGAAUGGUGGCAUCACGUCUUUCUCUGCAUUGAGGACGAGCAAAUGCUUGAAGACAUCUGCUGUUGUAAAUUAUCAGCUUUAGAACUCAUUUUAUGGGUAGAAGUUGUGCCAUUGUUUGGCUCAACCUCAACGUGAAGUUUCUAGGAAUGCCACGAGCCCGUGGACCAUAAUAUUCUAGGCUAGUUAGAUUCUGUAACUUUUGAUACAGUUCCCGUCGAAAGGAUCGUGUAUUUAAGCAGGCAGUAGAGAUUGGGAAUGCAACCUGCAGAGUUUGAUUAGGUGCGAAGUAAUAAGAUUUGGUACAGCUAUUAUCUUU